UUCAUGAUUUGCAGGUCGAAAUCUUUCGCUGGCUAUAUGAAAAGCUCGGCCAUCCGCGGGAAACGGACAUACACUGAGGUCAUUGGUGAAAUGCUUCUGUUGGAAUUUGCCUUUAUCUACACAUCGGCCUAUGGACUAUACGGAGCCAUUGCCGAGCUAGCCCAUCGCCCUGAGUAUAUUGCUCCCCUGCGAGAGGAGAUCAAUGCUAUCUUCGCCAAAACAGGGACCGACCAUCCCAGAACAAUCCUCAAACAAGGUUCCCCCGUGGCCUCCCCAAGUGGCCUAAUCCAAUGCCCGAGCCCAAACUACGAGAACCCAAACGACUUCGACGGCUCCCGCUUCGUGAAGCGCACAGCAGCGGGAGCCAAGAACAGCCGACUAGUUGACCUGAGUCCUGACUAUCUGGCCUUGGGGAUGGGCGCGCAUGCCUGUCCCGGCCGAUGGAUGGCUAGCGCACUCAUGAAACUGGCUUUUGCUCAUAUUCUUACUAGCUAUGACCUCGUCUUGCUGGAAUUGUCUAUGGGGUCUUUGACUGGAUCGCUUUCAUUUGAGGAGUUUUAUGUUCCUAUUUGCAUUAGUGGGGAG